AUGGCGGUCUCAACACUACCUUUUCUUACAUCAAAGCUUACCCUACAAACCCUGAAUCCCAAACCUUCCAUUAACUUCAGAGCCACUGCUUCUUCUACUCCACAUUCCAAAUCUCCACAUUACAUCAAUAAGAAUCGGAUAUUGGAAGUGGGUGUUGGGCUUUUGGCUGCUUCAAUGGUGGGUUUGACACCGCUGGACGCCGAAGCAACCAGAGUGGAGUACUACGCCACCGUAGCAGAGCCCUCCUGUGAGCUUAAUUUCGCUCGUUCCGGUCUGGGUUACUGCGAUGUUGCUGUUGGGUCUGGUGAGGAGGCCCCUUAUGGCGAGCUUAUCAACUGUUAA